AAUUACUUAAAUACCAUUACGAGGGAAAAGUGUCGGACGCUUUCAUUUGGGCUUCAUACCUUCACGUUUAAUUAGGGUUUUGGACGAGUAUAUAACUACCAUUUGAGCUCAUUUCUCUGCCUUGGCAGCCUUAGAUCCUUUCACUCUCUCAGCCGCCGUGAUACAGAGGAAUGGCGACAGUUCCAGGUCAGUUGAUUUGGGAGAUCGUGAAGAAGAACAACUGUUUCUUGGUGAAACAGUUCGGCAAUGGCACUGCUGGCGUUCGGUUCAGCAAGGAAUCCAAUAACCUUUAUAACCUCAACUCAUACAAGCACUCGGGGUUGGCGAACCGCAAAACUGUGUCUAUUCAGCCAGGUGACAAAGAUCUGUCUGUCGUUCUGGCUACCACUAAGACCAAGAAGCAGAACAAGCCUGCUCGCUUGCUUCAAAAGUCCGUCAUGAGGAAGGAGUUCCCCAGGAUGGCCAAGGCUGUUGUCAAUCAGGUUGCUGAUAACUACUACAGGCCUGAUUUGAAGAAGGCAGCCCUUGCAAGGCUCAGUGCUGUUAACAGGAGCCUUAAGGUUGCCAAAUCUGGUGUCAAAAAGAGGAACAGACAGGCUGUGAAGAUCAGCUGCAGGAAGUGAAUGUAGUUUGAAUAUGUCAUGCCUUGUUUGCAAAAUGGUUUUUAUUUAGUUUUUAGAGCUAUGAAUUUUCAUUUUUUUUACAUUUAUCAAUACUGGAGAGAUUAUCCCCUUCUAGGCUUCUACCAUGCUGGUAAGGGUAAAAUCUAGAUUUUGAAUUACAUUUGUGGUUUUUAAGCA